AUGAUCCAGAUCGCGCAGCGCCAGGCAGCCUGGGCGUCGGCGGCCGAUUCGUUUGCUGUCAAGUGCGCCGGCUGCCAUGUGGGCGGCGGCAACGUGCAGCAGCCGGGCGCCACCCUGUUUACUGAAGACCUCCAGCGUAACGGCCGGGCAACACCGGAGGGGCUGUAUGAGAUCAUAUACAAGGGCAAGGGCAAGAUGCCGGGCUUUGGCAAGGACUGCGCGCCGCGGGGCCAGUGCACGUUUGGGCCGCGCUUCAGCGACGAGGAGGUACAGGACAUGGCUAGUUACGUGCUUGACCGCGCGGCGGCAGGCUGGAAGUCUGAGCCGUGA